AUGGAAUCACUCCAAGACCUUCCUCAUAAUGACAUUUCUUGGCGCAUCUGGGUGGGAGCAUUUUCUACUAUCAUUCCUGCCACUGUGGUUGUGGCUCUGCGGUAUGUAGCCCGGUAUGUAUCGCGUGCUGGGCUCUGGUGGGAUGACUAUACUAUCGCCGUGUCUCUGAUGUUUAACUGGGCGAUGGUGUCUCUGCGAUGCGUCCAAGUCGCCAAGUUUGGUUUGGGCAAACAUGCCUACGACAUAGCUCCAGCGGUAUUCCAAAGCUUUGGAAAGAGUUUACUCGGUAGUCAAGUCAUCUACUUCACCAAUGCCGUCUUCACCAAAGCAUCUCUACUUCUCCUCUACUACCGAAUCUUCGGUGUUGUUCGUGGCUUUCGCUGGGCCCUUGCAAUCUCAUUUUUCCUGGUUAUUGCCUAUUUCAUCGCCGCCUCAACAGUUUCGAUUGCGGGAUGCUCUCCAGUCUCCAAAUUCUGGGACCCAAGCCUGCCUGGGUACUGCGUCAACGAAGUUGCCUUCUUCCGGUGGAAUGGCUUCGGCAACAUGGCGUUGGACAUCUUGGUUCUUUGUCUGCCAUAUCCCAUGGCCUGGAGGCUGCAAACCUCCCCGCGGCAAAAGCUUAUUCUCACCGGAAUCUUUCUGCUAGGAGCUUUUGUCUGCGUUGUUUCUAUUCUUCGGAUAACGAGCUUCAGCUUUAGUUCUCUCGAGGAUGCAACCUACGUCAGUGUUAGUCCAUCGACUUGGUCCUCUAUUGAGCAAUCAGUCGGAAUCAUCUGCGCGUGUCUGCCAACCCUCCGCCCGCUUGUCCGCGAGUUGAAUGGAAACUCGUGGAACUCUGCGAAGAGAAAUAGCGCUUCGCCCACUGCUUCCAACAGAUCUUGUUUCCCCUUCCGUGGGUCAUCCGGGGAUGAAGAGAAUAAUAUUGGGAUUGCGAAGCCAGUCUGCGCGCAGCAGGCGAUUGGGAGCAAAUCAGCUACCCCGGAAUCUGGAUUGCUCGGAUCUAGAGGUCGGGAGUCAUGGCAGCCUGAUCAGCGUCCCAAAAGUCCUACCUCUCCAGUCUUCCUUGGUGAUGAUGUGAAAAGACAGAUUCCCCGUCCUGAAACGUUUGCUUGA